CUUAAAGCAAGAUUUAAUAGAAGUAUUGGAUAUUUAAGGAUGGAUACAGUAGUAAUUAAGCAAGAUAGCAUUCAAAAAGACCAGGAUCUACAAAGAGAAGAGGAUCAGUUAUCUUAUGAACAAUCAAAGGAACAGAUCGAUCUGCAACUUAGUGAAGAAGAAGCAAGCACACACAAUGAGGAAAAUAUCGGGGUUUCGUCUGUUGGACAAAGUAAUGGUGCGACAACUGCUGCAUCUAAGGGAUCAACCCCGGUAAAGUUGAAUCGUGAUAAUUACAAAGCCAGUUUGCAAAUUAUAACUACAAGAGCCGCCCCGCCACAAAAACAGAUUGCUCUUUUGCAAACUAACAGUAAUGAGAUUAGGGGGACAACAACAGCAGAACCUCUUCCUCCGCAAUCCUCGUUGCAUAUCGAUGAAAGUGAUUUAGGUACAAGCAGUAGACAUGGGGUCUCUAGUAAGACGCGUAUUUUUAUUGGCGAUCUUUCCUGGAAACUUACCGAAAAACAGCUAAAAACCGAAUUUGAUCAAUUUGGAACUGUAAAUGAGGUCCUUGUAGUCAAAGAUAGAAAUUCUGGAUUAAGUAAAGGCUAUGGUUUUGUGUCUUUCGAGGAAAAACAUGCCGCUUCUGAUGCUAUUAAAGUCAUGAAUGGUCAACAUAUUGAAGGUCGACCAAUACGUGUUGAGGCAGCUGAGGAACGUUCGAUAGAUGACCGAUACGGGAAACAAGCCCAAGAAGCGUGA